AUGAAUUUAACAGCCGUGCUCUUAACUGUGGUUUUCUUCAUUUACAUUGCAUCUGUAUUGACCAACAUAACUUUGCUGUUGCUAAUCUACUUCAACAUAUCUUUGCACAAGCCAAUGUAUAUAUUCCUUUUUUGCUUAUUAGUAAAUGGGCUGAUCGGAAGUACAGCCAUUUGGCCAAAGGUUAUGGUCAUCCUUCUGACAGGAGUGAACACAGCAACGUACGGCGGCUGUCUUGCGCAGGUCUUUCUCGCCGUCAGCUACGGGGCUUGUAACUACACCAUGUUCACUGUAAUGGCCUAUGAUAGACUGGUGUCCAUAUUUCAGCCUUUGCAAUACCACUCAGUGAUGACUCCAAGAAAAGUGAGAGAGUUGCUCUUAGCUGCUGAGGUUGUGCCUGUUGUCUGUGUUCUUGUUCAAGUGUGGCUGACAUCUCGAAUGACCCUGUGUGGAAAAAACAUCCACCGCAUCCAUUGUGAUAACCUAUCUGUCACUGCCCUGUCGUGUGGUAAUAGUCCUCAUAUUAAUCAAGUUACCAACCUGUAUGGGAUAUGUCUUAUUCUUGGGUUUUUAGUCGUUCCCGUGGUCCUGGUUCUGUUGUCUUAUGCCAAAAUUAUAUUGUUUGUUUUAAAGAGCCCGAAAAAGACCAGACGCAAAGCAUUUGAAACUUGCUCCCCACAUGUGAUUGUUUUCAUCAAUUUUUCAUUUGCGUCCCUGUUUUCUGUUGUUUAUAAUCGUGUUAGUUCUUAUUUACCUCGGGAGGCGAAUGUGUUUCUGUCGGUGAACUACAUCCUUUUCCCUCCACUUUUGCACCCAGUCAUAUAUGGUAUGAAAAAUCAGGAAAUUCGCCAAUGUCUGUCAAAAAUGUCAAAAAGAGCUGUUAGGAUCAUCUAA